UCACUGUCGGUCCGGCUGGCUGGACCGAUACUCUGCUUUUAAUCUUCGCGACCAUCGAUCCAAUCGCCACUGCAUGCAAAGACACAAACUUUAACAAAUUCCCACUUCGGAGAGCUCCCAGAUCGUGAGAAAUGGCGGCCCUCGUUCUCAGGGUCGCGCAGGAUGGCUCCGGCGACUUUCGGACGGUGCAGGAGGCCAUCGACGCCGUUCCUCUCUGCAACACCCGUCGCACCGUGAUUCGCGUCGCUUCCGGAAUCUACCGGCAGCCGGUGUACGUGCCCAAGACGAAGAACCUCAUCACGCUCGCGGGUCUGGCUCCGGAGCUCACUGUGCUCACCUGGAACAACACCGCCACCAAAAUCGAGCACCACCAGGCUUCUCGGGUGAUCGGAACUGGGACUUUCGGGUGUGGGAGUGCUAUUGUGGAAGGAGAGGAUUUUAUUGCAGAGAACAUCACUUUUGAGAACUCAGCUCCUGAGGGAUCGGGUCAAGCUGUGGCAAUUAGAGUAACAGCUGAUCGAUGUGCCUUCUAUAACUGCAGGUUCCUUGGAUGGCAGGAUACCCUAUACCUGCAUUAUGGAAAGCAGUAUCUGAAAGAUUGUUAUGUUGAAGGAAGUGUGGACUUCAUUUUCGGCAAUAGCUCAGCACUUCUGGAGCAUUGUCAUAUCCACUGCAAGUCAGCAGGUUUCAUAACUGCCCAAAGCAGGAAAUCUUCCCAGGAGACAACAGGAUAUGUAUUCUUAAGAUGUGUAAUCACUGGAAAUGGUGGGACUUCAUAUGCAUAUCUAGGACGACCGUGGGGACCUUUUGGAAGAGUCGUUUUUGCAUAUACAUUUAUGGAUGGAUGCAUCAGACAUGUAGGAUGGAAUAAUUGGGGUAAAACAGAGAAUGAACGAAGUGCUUGCUUUUAUGAAUACAGGUGUUUUGGACCGGGUAGUUGCCCAUCGAAACGGGUGACAUGGGCUAGAGAACUGGUAGACGAGGAAGCAGACCAGUUCCUCCAGCAUCGUUUCAUCGACCCAGAUCCAGGAAGGCCUUGGCUUGCCCAGAGAAUGGCCCUAAGAAUACCAUAUUCUGCCUAGGAGUUAAAACAUGGGAAAUAUUCCCUAUAAAGUUGGUCGAGUAUACUGAAAUCAUUUUACGACGAAAGAAUAAGAUAUGAGCUGUAGCUAUUUCAAGAUGCCCGAGGCGUUACAAGGCCAUUUUUAGCGUUUGAGCUUCGUAUCCCGCCCGAUGUAACUGCUUGUUUCAAAGACUUUUAUGUUUUGAUUUGGCUAGAUUUAUCCAGGAUAAUAUUGAUAAACUCGUUCCAUUCUUUGGUUUCAUUUUCA